AUGAAUGUCUUUACAGAUGCCCAAGAGAAGCAUGCAACCUGCUUUUUAAACCAAAGGUACAAAGCCUACCACAAAUAUGAAUACCUGUAUGAAGGUGAGUCCUUGAAUGCCAUCAAUGGUGCUUCACAUGUCAGGAAUGGACCUAAGGUCACUUGUAAGGUUGAAAUUGAAGUACCACAGACUUGUAGUUUCAUUGUCCGCACCACUGGCUGUAGACUGAGGGAGGUGGCCAACAUGGACGCAGAGGGCAACCCUGUGUUCGGUCCUGCACCCAGCUCUGAUGCCUUUGCUGUUGAAAUGGAGAAAUAUCCUCUGAAGGUUGUGGUUGAGGGUGUGUACGAUGUGAAACUGUACCCUGAGGAUGGUGAGACAUCAACCAUCCUGAACAUCAAGAGAGGUAUCAUCUCUGUCCUGGCCGUGCCUCUGCUGGAAGAAGACAAGAAUAGGAACAUGCCCACAAUCCACGGCAUCUGCAAGACGCAUUACUCCAUUAACACUAGAGAGGACAUUGCAACUGACGUCAGCCUCACCAGGGAUCUCUCCAAAUGUGACAAGUUUAUCCCCAUGAGAGAUCACACCAGCCCCCUGGCACUUAUCACUGGCAUGCACUACCCUCUUGCCCAGCUGGUCAGAAGCUCACAGAGCUGCAACUACAAGUUCGACAAUGAGAAGAAACACAUGACCUCUGGGUCCUGCACUGAGAACCAUAUACUUAUUCCCUUCUCACACAAUGGGGAAUAUGGAGUUACCAAUGUUGGAAAGCAAGAAGUGACUCUGGUUCAGGUUUCUCCUCACAAUGAAAGAGUCUUUGAAUGCAGUAAGCCUUUUGUUUUCAUUUUUAAUUAAUUGUUUCAAAAUUGU